AUGAGUAAUUUUACCGAUAUCGACGAUCCUUUCACCUUGGAUAGAUUACGAAGUACUUUGGUGAGAUUAGAAGAUACUAUUAUCUUUGCUCUUAUCGAACGUGCUCAAUUUGCUUUGAAUAAAUGUAUUUAUCAUCCUGGUUUUUUGGAAUUCAAGGACACUACUGGCGAUAAAAGUUUCUUAGAGUACUUUUUAUGGGAAACUGAAAAAGUACAUGCUCGUGUACGCCGAUAUACCAGUCCUGAUGAAUAUGCUUUUACUUCACCUCUUCCUGAACCUAUUCUUCCACCUGUCAAAUUCAAGCGAUUUUUAGCAAAAAAUGAUAUCAAUGUCAAUGAUAAAAUCAUGGAUAUUUAUGUGAAGUCUAUUGUCACUGGUAUUUGUGAUGAUCAUGAUGACAACAAUUAUGGUAGUUCUGCUACAAAAGAUAUUGAAUGUUUACAAGCACUUAGUAGACGUAUUCAUUAUGGUAAAUUCAUUGCAGAAUCCAAAUUCCGGGAUAAUCCAAAAGAAUAUAAACGACUUGCGAUGAAUAACGAUCGGGAUGCUAUUUACGAAUUAUUGACCAAUCGUCAAGUGGAAAAGAAGCUCUUGGAAAGGCUUCGACGAAAAGCUUUGGUAUAUGGACAAACACUUGAUCAAGCAGAAGAAGGCACAAGUACUCAUUUACGGAUCCCGGUACAAGUGGUGGUGGAAUUAUAUGAACGAUGGGUGAUUCCAUUGACAAAGGAGGUGGAAGUGGAUUAUUUGAUCGAACGUGGACAAAAGGCAAAAGAUGAUGAUCUUACUUCCAUUGAAUAG